AUGUCAAUCAUAGCAGUAUGCAAGAGUGCAGAGCAUAACAUGAAGAAGGAUGUUCAUUCAGAGAUCAAUCUGUUGCAGGGUCUUGGAGUAGAGGGAGACGCACACGCUGGUAUCUACGUGCAACAUCUCACACGUGUAAAGAUCAACCCGACGACACCAAACAUCCGUCAAGUAUGUCUCCUUCACUCUGAGCUACACGAUGAGCUCAAGGAAAAGGGCUUCCUAAAGUCCGCUCAACCUGGUGAGAUGGGCGAGAACAUCACCACCAGAGGCCUCGCCAUCCAAGAUCUGCCUGUCAACACCAAGCUGCACUUGGGCUCAGGUGGAGCGAUCAUCCAGCUCACUGGUCUGAGGAACCCCUGUCGUCAACUGAAUGACGUGGAGCCCGAGCUCAUGAAGGCAUGCUUCGAGUACGAUGGCGAGGGCAAGAUCACACAUCGCAAGGGAGGUGUGAUGAGCAUUGUUCUUCAAGGAGGUAUCGUCAAAACUGGAGACAAUAUCGUUGUUGAGCUACCUGAGGAGCCUCAUCAACCAAUGGUAUUGGUGUAA